AUGUCUCGCGCGACGCCGUCUCUCUUUCCCUGCACCAUUACCUCGCCAACCCUGUCCGUGGCCGUGGCUUCAGCACCUUCAACACCAAAGUUUGAUGUCAUGCUCGCUCGCAGCCCCCGCCGCCGCUCGCCUGAGAGAGCCAGCGUCCGACGAUCCAUCUUGCCCCCGCUACCCCCCGAUCGGUCCGCCGUACAGCCAUCGUCUUCGCCGCGACCUCACGCUUCCACAUCAUCAGCAUCAGCCCCGCCUGUUGCCAAGAAAACACGCCGCUCUAGAAAUCCGCCCUCACAGACGAAUCCGCCGUCGACGCCGGGCCGAAGACGAAUGCAGUCGCCUCCCUGCUGGCAGUCGCUGCGUCAAGGAACCCGCACCAUCCUCUCCCCAGUGCAGUGGGGCGAGGACACCAUCACCGACAUCACCGACAUCACCGACAGAGAAUCCUUCACCAACGGGACCUCCUCCGCACGUCUCAGCGGCGAGGACGAACAAUUUCUCCUUUCGUUCGAGGACCAAGACUUUUCGUCUCCGUCAAGUUAUCCGUCCUUCUCCACAAGCUUGCCAGCUGGCAAGCCGCCCGAGCUACACCAGGCUGCAAAUGACUUCCUUCAGGCCUCUGUUUCUAGCCCCAGCUCCGUCGCCUCCCCGCCUUGCCGCAGCAAACGACCCUUGGCUGCCUCAUCACGGUCUACCACGCAAUUGACUUCCUCAACUGUGGACGAAUCGCGCAGUUUGCUGUUUUUCGAUGAGACCGAUGGUCCCUUUUCUCAGAGGCCGCCAACAACUAGCUCUUUCUCUGACACGAUCCAGCAACCGUCUCGAAUGCAGCAUUUUCUCCGCGACAUCUCCGCUGCGAACAAGCGACAGAUUACUCCCCAAUCCAAUAUCGCUGUCAAUUACGCAAGCGUGGAGCCGUUGGCGUUGCCGACCAUCCGCGACGGAGAGUCGUUUGGAGAUUCUGUAACAACGCAUGGGUCGUCUGACCUUGUCGGCGGUGAAGACUUGGCCGCAAUCGAUUUGACGGAAGCAAACGAAGUCCCGGGGCAUCUCAGGAAGCCCGAGGUGGUGGAUAAUAUGACCAAGAUUUCGCAGUUUCAGUGUGUCAUUUGCAUGGACGAUGCCACCACUCUUACUGUGACCCAUUGUGGCCACCUUUAUUGCGCACAGUGUUUGCAUUCCUCUCUUCAUGUCGAAGCCACCAAAGGGAAAUGCCCCAUGUGUAGAGCCAAAAUCGACAUGAAACCGAGACAAGCAUACAACAGCAAGACCAAGGGCUUUUGGCAACUGGAGCUGAAGCUGAUGACUGCCACGAGAAAGGGCAAGCGAAAAGCUGAUGACCUGUCGUGA